AUGUUUAAUAGAACUUUCAGAAGUACCAUCGGCUCAAGAAUCAUCUGUUCAUUUAGCUACAGAACAUCAAAUGCUACAAGAUUUCAUUCAACAUCUACAACUCCCAAAACUAAAAUCCAAGAAAUACUUAAUACAACUAUCACAGACAUUAAUAAAAUUAACACUUCAAUAAAUAAUAAAUAUAUAAAUGAUACCACCGCAAAAUUAGAGUAUUUAGAGAGGGGAAUCAAAAAAGCUGAUGAACUCACUGCCCAAUUCACCGACUAUACAUACAAAUUUACUAAAUUACCAGCAAAUUUUGGUAAUAACCAAUUUAUUAAAAUAAACAAAGAAUUAAAUAAAAGUUUGGAAUCUAUUAUCAGCCACUUCGAUGCUCCAAUAGCUUAUGCUUUUGGAUAUGGUUCGGGCGUUUUCAAACAAUCAGGUUAUACUAAGAACGAUAAACCACAAAUAGAUUUGAUUUUUGGUGUUAAUCAUCCCAGUCAUUGGCAUUCUUUAAACAUGAGACAGAAUCCAAAUCAUUACUCAAGUUUGAAAUAUUUUGGUUCCGAAUUUAUCAGCAAAUUCCAAGAUAUUGGUGCUGGUAUAUAUUUUAAUCCUUUUGUUGAACUUAAUGGACAGCAAAUAAAAUACGGUGUUGUUUCUAUAACUAGAUUACUAAAGGAUUUAGCCACUUGGGAUUCAUUUUAUUUGGCGGGUAGGUUACAAAAACCCGUCAAAGUUCUAAAAAACGACCUAAGAGUACAGUACUGGAAUCAAUUUAAUUUGAAAGCUGCUGCCACUGUUUCUAGAAAUAUAACUUUACUUAAAAACAACGGAAAGUUUGAUGAGUUUGAGUUUUAUAAAAAUAUCACUAGUUUAAGUUAUUUAGGUGAUGUAAGAUACAAGUUGGGUGGUGAACAUCCGAAUAAAAUUUCUAACAUAGUCGAGAAAAAUUUUGAAAAUUUCCAAUAUUAUUAUUCUCCUAUAGUGAAAGAUAUUUUACAAAAUCAAAGUUAUUAUUUACCAAAGGGGUUCACCAAUGAAAAUGUCCUUGAAAAGCUAGAAGAGAAAAUAAGUUCCACAAGCCUAACUCAAGCUGCCAAGGGUAUACUCACUGCUGGACUAAUGAAAUCCGUCAAAUACGCAUGGGCAAAGAAAUUAAAGGCCAUGAAAAAUUAA